AAUUUUCAAAGAAUAUGCUUGAUCUCUGAUACAUGCUCCGCAACCACACCGAUGGCCAUUUUCUGAUCAACAAUAUUGGCAUCACCACCACUCUCCUCCUCCCCCUCUUCCUUCUCCUCCGCCACGAUUACCCAAUUGAUCACUCUCUCUCGCCAUGAAAAUUCCUAUACUUCUCUUCCUCUUCUCUCUUCUCCUCCCAUCGUCUCUCGCCAAAGUCAAAAUCUCUGUCACACCCACCAUUCUCUCCAAAUCUGGCGACAUCGUCACCGUCUCCUGGUCCAACGUAGAUUCGCCCUCCAAACUUGACUGGCUUGGCCUCUAUUCACCGCCUGACUCACGUCACGAUCAUUUCAUUGGAUAUAAAUUCCUCUCUUCAUCGCCCACCUGGGAAUCUGGGUCGGGCUCCAUCUCGAUACCCAUUAUCAACCUCCGUUCAAACUACUCAUUCCGGAUCUUCCGAUGGAUAGAAUCCGAAAUCAACCCCAAACGCCACGAUCACGACCAGAAUCCUCUUCCUGGGACGGUCCAUUUGGUUGCCGAAUCCGAGCAGGUUGGGUUCGAUGCGGGCCAUGGACCGGAACAGAUCCACUUGGCUUAUACGGAUUCGGAAGAUGAGAUGCGGGUGAUGUUCGUAGUGGGUGACAAGGAGGAGAGGAAGGUGAAAUGGGGGCAGGUCGAUGGAGAGUGGAGUCGCGUGACGGUGGCGCGUGUGGUGAGGUAUGAGAGGGAGGACUUGUGUGAUGCUCCGGCUAAUGGGAGUAUUGGGUGGAGAGAUCCUGGGUGGAUCCAUGAUGCAGUCAUGUCAGAUUUGAAGAAUGGCGUUAGAUAUUAUUACCAGGUUGGAAGCGAUUCUAAAGGUUGGAGUGGAACUCAGAGCUUUGUGUCACGGAAUGGAAACUCUGAUGAAACAAUAGCUUUCCUAUUUGGAGAUAUGGGAGCUGCAACGCCAUAUACAACCUUUCGUCGCACACAAGAUGAAAGCAUAUCAACCGUGAAAUGGAUCCUUCGCGACAUAGAAGCUAUUGGUGACAGGCAUGCUUUCGUUUCUCACAUAGGAGAUAUUAGCUAUGCAAGAGGCUACUCAUGGUUGUGGGAUCAUUUUUUCACCCAAAUUGAACCUGUUGCAUCCCAAGUACCAUACCAUGUGUGCAUUGGUAACCAUGAAUAUGAUUGGCCUCUUCAACCGUGGAAACCUGAUUGGUCCUAUUCAAUUUAUGGAACUGAUGGGGGUGGUGAAUGUGGAGUUCCUUACAGUCUUAAAUUUAAUAUGCCUGGAAACUCUUCAGAGCUAACUGGAACCCGUGCUCCUGCCACUCGAAACCUAUACUACUCAUUUGAUACAGGAGCUGUACAUUUUGUAUACAUAUCAACUGAGACCAAUUUCCUUCCUGGGAGCAGCCAGUAUAACUUUAUAAAGCAUGAUUUGGAAUCAGUUAAUCGGAGCAAGACUCCUUUUGUGAUUGUCCAAGGGCACAGGCCAAUGUAUACUACAAGCCAUGAAAACAGAGAUGCACCAUUGAGGAUGAAAAUGCUUGAGCACUUGGAACCCUUGUUUGUGAAAAAUAAUGUCACCCUUGCCUUGUGGGGUCAUGUUCAUAGAUAUGAGAGGUUUUGUCCAUUGAAUAACUACACGUGCGGAAGCACUUGGAAGGGAUAUCCAGUUCAUGCUGUGAUUGGGAUGGCAGGGCAAGACUGGCAGCCCAUUUGGGAACCCAGACCUGACCAUCCAGAUGUGCCAGUCUUUCCACAACCAGAGCAGUCCUUGUACCGUGCAGGUGAAUUUGGGUACACUAGAUUGGUUGCCACAAAGGAGAAGCUGACACUUUCUUACGUAGGCAACCAUGAUGGAGAGGUGCAUGAUAUGGUGGAGAUUUUGGCAUCAGGCCAAGUUCACAGUGGCAGUGAUGGUCUAAGCAAUGUUGCUGGAACCAUGGUUGAAGUGGUGGUGGAGGACUCCCCAUUCUCAAAAUAUGUCAAGGGUGCUAGUAUCCUGGUGCUUGGGGCUUUUGUGGGCUACAUUCUUGGGUUUAUUUCACAUGCCAGGAAGAAGAAUGCCUCCAAAGGCAACUGGAUUUCCGUGAAGACUGAGGAGCAUGAAACAUUGUCAUGAAAGCUGGCUAAGAUGAAGAAUAUGCUUCCUCGUAUCCUGGUAUCUUUAAACCUAUUUUGAUGGGUAUCGAGGUUUUGGUAUUAUACGUGAAGAUUCCCGUUUGUGCAAGCUAGGAAGCUCAAAGUUCUACGGCUCAGGUUGAUUUGUAUUUUGUAAAUAUUCAAUUCUCUCGUAUUUAGUGGGAAAAAAAAAACAUUGCAUCACGUCUAGAAAGAAAAAAAUAUAAUAAGAUCUCUGUUGCUCAAUAAUUCUGCUGUGAACGAGUGUAUAUGUAAGGGAAUUUACUGUUUUUAGUAUAUGUAUUCUUGUGAAAUAACAAACGUUUGAUUCAGCUA